CCUCAUUGGAGCAUAAAACUGAAGAACAACUUUCACUUACGAUGAAAUAAAACCCUACACAACAGUGCUUAAAAACUGCAGAGACGCUGGAGACAGAACCACACAGAACCACCUCAGCUCAAUAUUCAGAGAUUCUUCAGUAGAAAAAAGAUGCUGUGUGAAGGUAAGCUGUGGAGUUUGGUGUAUGAAGCUGAACCUGAGUGUGUAAAUCCUCCUACAUGUGGCACAGUCACAGCACCAUCAUCGUCUCCGCUGACUCAUUCCCUCUCAGCACAAACCCCUGUCCACUCACCUCUAGAAACACACACAAAAAUGACCCGGACCAAGACCCAGCAGAGUGAUGCUCACCUUUCCUCUACUGCCCCUGUGGCAGGACAGCAACCCGCCCUAGGUGUUGAUAUCCCCAGGCAGGCAGACACCCCAGAAGCAGAGGCCUUUUUAGUGCCUUCGAGUUGCCACAGCAUCUGUCAGCAUUACAACGAUUUACAUAUUGCUGGUGGCCAGGUGCUGCCGCUUAGCCCUAGUGCAGGGGACGUACAGGGCAAUCACAUUCAGGACCCCCAACCUGGGCCCUUUCUUCUGUCUGGAGAUGUCCCCUCACCCUCCCUCCUGCCUCCUCUUGUCCACGAGUACAGGGGCUCGAGGCGCUGGAGGGAAGAAAGUGGGCGUGAACGUCCCUCUCUUCUGCAGUUCGGCCAGCCCCUCUCUAAUUCACAGCUCAAUGGCUACCUGGAACAGAAGCUUCUGGAGCUGUACAGACAGCACCUGACCGAGGGGCCCACAGCGACAGGGCCGGUCAUGGCCUCUGAGCUACUGCAGACCAGCCUUGACCAAAUGACCCUCCAGCUGAGCCGUGAACAGAACAUGGAGACGGCACGAGCCAAAGACAUGCUGCUCAGCUGCCUGCUGAGAGUCACCAGCAGUUAUCAGUCCAGCGAAAUCAGCACCCCUCUACUGCAGAUCUCCACUGAGUGAGUUUGAUAUGAGAGAAAAGAUGAAAUACAAGAGGAGGAAAGAAACGUUGUGGCAGUAAGACCAAGGAGAUGGACUUUCACGUGUAAUGUGUAACAAGUUUGAAACACUAGCUUGAAACACGUUAAUCAGUGAUUCUGUAAAUUUUAACGUAAUAGUAAUUCUGAAAAAUGCAACUGUGCAAAAUAAAUAAAAUGUAUUAAUUAAAA